AGAGGAAACGCAGCUGGAAACCUGAUCAAGACCUUCCAGGGAGGCGGCCAAACCCUGCUGCCAAGGCUGGGAGGCUUUGGCUGGGAGCGCUGCCUGCCCUCCUCCUUCCCAGCCGCCCUGCUUCCGGCACAUGGCUGACUCCGCUUCUGCCUCCCGCAGCCCUCCCGCAGCCCUCCCGCUUCCACAGCGCCUCCUGCAGCUCCAGAGACCCCUGCCCAGCCACGGCUGCUCCCUCCCGACCCUGAAAGCUGGCGGUCAGCGGACGUGGCCAACCUGGAGACCUCAGGUGACAUCCCACGAUGGCCGAGGAGGAGCAUGCCUUAGGUGUCCUCUCACAGGCACUGCAGGGUCUUACACUGCAGGACUUCCAGGAGUUUAAGACGAAGCUGUCAGAAGUUCAGGUGGAAGGAGGAUGGAAUAUCCCAAAGGAUUUGCUGGAGAAAGCCACUCACCCCUGUGUGCUCGCCAGCUGCAUGGGCAAGAGCUACGGCGAAGAUGCUGCCAUGGAAGUAGCAAUUGGGUUGUUGGAAGAGAUGAAUCAGAGAGACCUUGCUGAGGAACUCCUGGGUGAGAAGGUGAAAGAGUACAAGCAGAAAUACAGAGAGCACGUGGCCCAGAAGUUCCUCUGGUACAGGGAAGCCUCCUGCCCCGGGGAGAGGCUCUCCACCCGCAGCCGCUACACCACCCUGAGCAUCGCCAGGAAGCCUUGGCGGAAGCAUGGAGGAGAGCACGAAGCUGUGGGCACCAGCCACGGGGGUGCCCAGGCCAGCGAUGGCCCAGCCACCACCCUGCUCGCUGCUCAGGCGCUGCUCAAACCCGACAGGGAGGGACAAGCACCACGGGUCGUGGUGCUGCUGGGGGCCCCGGGGAUGGGGAAGACGAUGACGGUCAGGAAGGUGAUGGUGGAGUGGGCAGAAGGGACCCUCCACACGCAGUUUGACUACGUCUUCUGCAUGGACUGUAAAGAUCUCACCUUGACCAAGGAAGCCAGUGUGGUAGACCUGGUUUCAAAGUGCUGCCCUGACAGCAGAACACCUGGGAAGAUCCUGGAUGACCAGAAGAUGAAGCUCCUGUUCAUUUUUGAUGGCUUCGAGGCCCUGGGAUUUUCCCUGAUCCAGCCCAAAGAUGAGCUGAGCUCUGACCCCAGGGAAGUGAAGCCACUAGAAACCAUCGUGCUGAGCUUGCUGAAGAGGACUGUUCUCCCUGAUUCCUCCUUGCUCAUCACCACGAGGCCAACAGCUCUUCAAAGCCUGGGGAGGUGCCUGGAGGGUGAGGGCCACUCUGAAAUCUUGGGAUUUCCUGCAGCCAGCAGGCAGGAAUUUUUCCACAGGUACUUUGAGAACAGCAAUAAAGCUGAUGUGGCCUUCAGGUUUGUCAGGGGCAACGAGGUCCUCUACAGCUUGUGUGUCAUCCCCAUCAUGAGCUGGAUGGUCUGCACCAUUCUGGAACAAGAGCUUUCCAAGAAGAAAAGCCUCUCUGAGUGCUCCAAAACCACCACACAGGUGAGCAUGUCCUACCUCUCCUGGCUGAUGAAGACAGGCAGAGACCACCUGCAGGAUCUCCAGCAGUUCCUACUCAAGCUCUGCUCCUUGGCUGCUGAUGGUAUCUGGAAGCACAAAGUCCAGUUUGAGGAGGAUGAAAUCAAGGAGCGUGGUUUGGACCAGCCAGACCUUCUCCCCCUCUUCCUCAAUGAGAGGGUCUCAGGGGAAGGUGCAGACCAUGGCAAUGUCUACAGCUUUACCCACCUGCGCCUGCAGGAGCUUUUUGCGGCGAUGUUCUAUGUUCUGGAGGAUGAUGAGGAGAGCUCAGGGGCUCUCCAGAAGGAUGUCAAUGUGGUGUUGGAAAACUACAGCAAGUCCAGGAAGGAUCUGAACUCCGUGGUGAGGUUCCUAUUUGGUCUGGCAAGCCAAAAAUCGAUAGAGUACGCAGAUGAGGUCAUCGGGUGCAGAAUCUCACCGCGAGCCAGGGGAGAUAUGCUGAGGUGGCUUCAGGGGAGGCAUGGAGGCAUCUCCCACCCUGGCCAAGUGCUGAAGGUUUCAGAGUUGGACACUUUCCAUUUUCUGUUUGAGAUGAACGAGAAAAGCUUCACACAAAGUGCACUGAGUGGCCUCACUGACAUUGACUUGCAGAACAGCAGGUUGAGCCUCUGUGACCAAAUGGCUCUUUGCUUCUGCAUCAGGCAGUGGGAUGAGCUGGACUGCCUCACCCUCCGGGGAUGCUCCUUCGAGCUGCAGGAUCCCAGGGAGGAGGUUCCUUGCUCUGGUGCCUCAGGAGCUGGAGAACAUCCUUGUCCCCAUGAGGAACCACACAGCCCCAUCCACCUGCUCUGCAGGGCUCUGCGGCACCCAGGCAGCCACCUGCGAGUGCUCCGGCUGCAGUGGUGCCGGCUGGAUGAGAGCUGCUGUGCAGAGCUGGGGGUGCUGCUGGCCCAACACCCCAGCCUGGCCCAGCUGGACGUGGGAGAUGGGGCUCUGGGUGAUGCUGGCGUGCGGCUGCUCUGCGAGGGGCUGCGGCAGCCCAGCUGCCACCUGCGUGUCCUGAGGCUGCGGUACUCUGGCCUGACCAGUGCCUGCUGCGAGGAGCUGGCCGCCGUGCUGGGCAGCAGCCCGUGCCUGGAGGAGCUGGAUCUGUCCUGCAGCGAGGGGCUGCGUGACGCUGGUGUGCGCCUGCUGUGCGAGGGCCUGCAGCACCCCAGCUGCCAGCUGCGGACGCUGCGGCUGGGGAGCUGCCGGCUGACCGCUGCCUGCAUCCAAGACCUAGCUGCUGGGCUGGUGGACAGCCCUCACCUCACCUGCCUGGACCUGAGUGACAAUGAGCUGGGGUCUGAUGGUGUCCUCCAGCUCUGCCAGCAGCUCCAGCAUCCUGCUUGCCCGCUGCAGGUCCUGGGCCUGAGCACCUCUGGGUUGAACGAGGAAGUGCUUCAGGAACUGGCUGCCCUCAGGACACUGAAGCCCAACCUGAAGAUCAGGGACCUCCUUGAGCAGGACACACCAGAGACAGGGGCCAUGGCACGGCUGCCCUUCCACCGUGGGGUGCUGCUGGGGGGCAGGAAGGGGUUCCCCUCCUAAAGGAGAGGUCCAUACCUUAGCAGAGGUCCUCAGCUGUAGGAGAGGUUUCCUCCUUCAGGAGAAGUCCCUACCUUUAGGAGAGCUUUCCACUUUUAGGAGAGGUCCUCUGCUGUAGGAGGGAUCUCCACUUUUAAGCGAGGUCCUCACCUUUAGGAGAGGUCCUCACCCUUAAGAGAAGUCUCCACUUUCGGGAGUGCAUCUCACCUUUAGGGUUGGUCUUCUCCUUUAGGAGACCUCACUUUCAGGAGAGCUCCUCACAACAACCAGAGCCAUUUCUAUCCCAGUUUUUGGUGCUGCUGAAAUCUGAGAGAAGCCCCACCCUGGGUCUGAGCCUGCCCUGUCCAUGGGGGGCUCAGGGCAGAAGGUCCUGUCUGCAUCUGCUGACCUCCAGAGACCAGGCAGAGCUGGUCCAGGUCCUUUCCCCUCCAAUGUCCACCACAUUGGUAGGAAUAGCUGGAGGUGUUUGCUGAUGCCAAAUAAAGAUGCUUGGGACAGUC